CUUUGACGUAAGAUUGUUGACACACGCGGGUUUUAUCAAGGAGUUGGGUCUGCAUAUUCCUCCGAUUGCGAUGGAUUUGUUCGUCCUCGACACUGCUGGUGAUGAGGAUCUAUUGAUUAAAAAUUCAGAAUCUUCUGUAAGAAAAUCUAAAGUCCACAAGAGGCUUUUAUCCAAGGAAAAUGAUGCAGAAAAAUCAGCGUCUGAAGCAGAAGGAGAAUCGUGUCAGAAUGACCUACCAGCAUAUCGAAAAGAACUCGCAAAUUUUCUGAAGAGUACCUUAACAUCAUACCCAGCGCAGAAAACCACAAAGUCUAAAAAAAAUGAUUACGAUGACUUCGCUGAAUCCAUGGGAUGGCCACAAGGAGUAAUUAAAGGCAAACACAAUCCACAAGCUGGCACGUCCUCGUCACAAAUCCCAGUGGAUGAUGAUUUCACUCGGCCAAACCUUGACGAACUCAAGUCGAGCACCUUAAAAGCUAUUGAGAAAAAGGACAAAUUAGAAAAGCCGUCAGCAAGGCAGUUGGCCAAAAUGAAAAAGGCUGAACGCGAUAAAACCAAGGGCAAGAACUGGUUCAAUAUGCCCGCCCCAGAACUAACCGAGGAGUUGGAAAGCGAUUUGAAAGUCCUUCAGAUGAGAUCCGCUUUGGACCCUAAACAUUUCUACAAACGGAAUUCAUUUAAAACACUCCCUAAAUAUUUUCAGGUUGGCACAGUUCAACAUUCAGCAUUGGAUUACUUCAGCGAACGAGGUGAACGUAAGAACAAAAAGCGUUCUCUGGUCGAUGAAUUAUUGGCUGAUGCCGAAUUCCAGAAAUAUAAUAAACGUAAAUAUAAGGAAGUUAUGGAAAAAAGACGGAAAACUGGUUACCACAAAGCUAACCAGAAAAUGAAAAAGUUAAAAAAGAAAAAGAAAUAAAAUCUUUAUAUAUUGAA